GGUGCAGGUGAGGGUAGACAAACACGGAGGAGCAAACUGAUCCCUGGAGCCUGACGCAUCAGCUGAAAGAAAACAACACGAUGAGGAGCUGAAGCAGGACUUCUCAAUCUGCUAACAUCCGGUUGGGCCUGGCUGUGUGAAGGAGGGAACCAUGAACCUGCAAUAACUGGAUUUAACUUCAUUAUCUUUGUUUAAAGUUCAUAAAAACACACAAGAAUGUCGUCAAACUCGAACUACCUCUGCAAACAGGGAGACACCGUCUGUGAGAUCCGUGUGUACGAGCGGGAGGUCAUUGUGGUGCCCAUGCUCCUGCUCACCAGCUUCGUUGUGUUGCUGGUCUUCAUUUUGCUGCUACACUUCUGUCCCGAGAGGGUGGAUCGACUCCGACCCCGUGCCCAGAAGUCCAACACCAGGAGGGUGCUGCACGGCAUCGACGCCCCGCAGGAUUUCAAUAUACUCGAGCACGAAAGCAUCGCCUUGGACAUGCCCAACUCAUACGCCACCUUCCAGGCUGCCAACCCUUACAUCACCAAAACCCUCUCCAAGAAACCCAGCACGUCGCCCCCUGCGUCCAACCCCCCACAGCCCAUCAAGUCUGGCUUCACCCCUGUGGCCCAGCCCAGAGAGCUGCCCCGCCAGAGGCUGCCUGAGUCCUUCAACCUGGUGGCCCCUCUGCCCAGCACCUUCUCCCUGCGCUCCGACUCCUCCGUGUCCCUGUACAGGGCGCGCAUGGAGAACAGGAAUGUGGUCCUGCGGGUCCUGAAUGAUUCGGCCGAUGCCGCUGAGAGACACAGCUUCCUGGGCUUCGCAUCGUUCCUGUCCCAGCUGGGACCCCAUCCGUUCCUGCCAGAACUGCUCGGUGUGGUCUCCCUCCGAGCUCCUCUGGUCACGGUGGUGGAGGAGCUGGAAAACAGGGACCUGCUCAGCUACUUGUGGAGGUGCAGACAGAGCAAUGUGGAUCCUCCCUGCGAGAUGACUGAGAGAAGAAUCUUCACCAUGGCCAGUCAGGUGGCCUCGGCACUGGAGUUCCUUCACAGCAAAGACCUCCUGCAUGGAAACAUCCGGGCCCGCAGCGUUCUGGUCAGCAGGCAGCUGACAGCGAAGCUCUGGGGUCUGCAUGGAGUCUACACGAGGACGGACCAGAAGGCCACUCAGAAGGAAGACCCCAGCAUGAAGAAGUGGCAGGCUCCAGAAGUGCUCGUCAAGAAAUCUGCCUCUCAGAGCAGCGACAUCUGGUCGUUUGGCGUUUUACUGUAUGAAAUGGCCACUUUGGGUGAAGCACCGUUUGCAGAAAUAUCAAUUAACGAGCUCCUGCAGUUUCAUCAGCGAGGGAAAAGUCUGAAAAAGCCCUCCAACUGCUCCAACGCUCUAUACGCACUCAUUAAAGGCUGCUGUCAGUGGAAGGAGCAAGACCGUCCCCUUCUGGCCGAACUGAGCCGAAAACUCGUUUCAGGAGAAAAAAGUGCCUCUGAUAAAGUCCUGAAAGCGCCUGGGUCAGUUAACAUCGAGCAGUACCUGCAGGAGGCGGGAUACGGAGAAACAAACGGCUACACCGUUUUCUGAUCAGACUGCCAGAACAGAAGAAAUAUUUGCACUAUAGUCUGAAAACACGAGGAGGAACUUCUAUAUGAUGCAAUAAAAAAAGUGUUCCUAAAUUAUUUUUGAGUAACUUUAAGUUAUUCUUUAGACUCUCACAACUAAGUUGUGUAAAAUCUUGUGAUAAAUGGCCUGGGUGUCCAUGUAUAUUGUUAAGAACACUAUGAUUUUUAGGGAUUGUUUGGGAAUUUGAAACAUGUCAUCGUGUUGGAAUGGCUCGAGACCUUGUAAACCUGACCUGUGAACAGCUUUCACUUCACCAACCCAAGGUUUAAAUCCUCCACGUAUGAUGGUUUGCAGACCUUGUACCAAAAAAGCCAAAGUAAAUCAGAUAAAGAUAUGUAUAUAUGAAAUAUUCCAAAGAUGUUUGUAUUAAAAUAAAGGAGCUAUCGUCGCAAUUAAAGUUUGUUUACUCAAAAAGAUCAGCUCUGAGAAGAACCUAAGCGCGAGAAAAUAGCUCAAAAUGUUUACAAAAAAAAUUUAUGUGAAUAAAAACAUGGAACUGCCA